GGUAGUAAAUGUAAAUAAAUAAAUAAAAGGGGCAAAAAGGAAGGUGGAAAGUCUAAUGGUUAGAGGAGGAAGCCGGCGUAAGAAGAGAGCUGGGCUUUCAAGAACAAAAACGAGGAGGAGCCGCAGGCAAAUCCUCUACACCGCUCAAAAAAAUCUAACGUAAAAGAGCCGAUGCUACCAGCCAAAUCAAGGAAGGCUUUACUUGCCUCACAACUUCUCUUCGAAAACACCACUAUCUUUUCUGUAUCUUCUUCUUCUUCUGCUUCUGCUGCUGCUGCUGCGGCUCCUCUCUUCAGUCGUGUGAAUCUGAAUAACCAACAAUUCUUCUACUUUUUUCAUUAUUCCUAUUCGACUGCCCAUGCUAUUCCAAUUCAACAUCUCAGCUUCAAUUACAAGGACGUUGUCCAAUCCUUUAAGGAAUGGUUUCAGCGCAAAAACCCUGAUUACUUGGAUCGAGUUUUCGAGAUUUUAAGCUCCCAAGAUGAGGUGGAUGAGAUUGCCCUCUCAAAGUUGGGCCUUCGCCUCACUGAAUCAUUGGUACUUGAUGUGCUUUAUCACGGGAAUGCCAACAAUGAUGUCCUCUCUUGCCUUAAGUUCUUCGACUGGGCUGGUCGUCAACGUGGGUUCUAUCACACUCGUGCUACCUUCCACGCCAUUUUCAAGAUCCUCUCUAAGGGCAAGCUUAUGCCUCUUAUGCUUGAUUUCCUUGAUAAUUAUAAGGGUUCUAGGUUUGUUCAUAAUAAGUGCGGUUAUGGUUUUUACGGUACUUUGGUCAUUGGGUACUCUGUUGCUGGCAGGCCGCAAGUUGCACUCCAACUAUUCAGUAAAAUGCGAUUUCAGGGUCUUGACUUGGAUGACUUUGCUUACCAUGUACUUCUCAAUUCUUUGGUCGAAGAGAGUUAUUUUGAUGCAGCUGACUGUAUUGCCAAGCAGAUUUCACUGAGGGGCCUCGAGAACCAUAUAACGCAUUGUAUAGUAGUUAAGAGUUUGUGUAAGCAGAAACUGUUGGAUGAGGCCGAGUCAUAUUUGCGUCGAGUGAUCUUACACUGCGAUGGGUGUAGCCAUGGGGAUGCAGUGGGGGUUAUUGUGGAUGCACAUUGUCAAAAUGGUCAAUUUGACAAGGCUGGGCAGUUGGUUGAGGAGAUUAGGGAGUUGGAGUUGGUGCCCAUGGAGCCUGCAUAUAGCUUGUGGCUUAAGAAUCUUGUUCAAGCUGGUAAGAUUGAUGCGGCUUUGGAGUUCUUGCAGCGGAAGAAGGCAUUAGAAUGUUAUAUUCCUGGGGCUUUCCGGUACAAUGCUUUGCUGUGGAGGGUCUUAAAAGAGAACCGUCUUGCGGAAGCGUGUGAUUUGUUGAUGGAGAUGAUGGAGAGUGGGGUUUCUGCUGAUGAGGUCACGUUUAAUGCUGCAUUAUGUUUUUUUUGCAAAGCUGGAAUGGUAGGUGUUGCACUUGAAUUGUACAACUGCAAAUCAGAGUUUGGGCUCUCACCUAGUAGCAUGGCUCGUAAUUAUCUCAUAAACUCUCUAUGUGAAGAGGGGAACGUUGAUGAGGCUUACAGUGUGUUGAAGAAUUGUACUGAGCCAGGUUAUUUCCCUGGUAGCAGAACAUUGUCCAUACUUGCAGAUGGAUUGUGUAGAGAAGGGAAGCUUAACAUGAUGAAAGAGCUGGUUUCUUUUUCUCUGGAGCGGAAUUUCAAGCCAAGUGAUUCCCUGUACAAUAAGUUUAUAUCAGCUCUAUGUAGGGCUGGGAAGGUAGAAGAUGGUUACUUGAUGCAAGGAGAAUUUAAUAGAUCGAAUAGAGUUGCUACAAAGACUAUUUACUCAAACCUGAUUCAUGGUUUUAACAAAUUAAACAAGGGGGAUAUUGCUGCUAGGCUUCUAAUUGAAAUGCAGGAUAAGGGUCAUAUGGGUACUCGGACUUUGUUUAGAGCUGUAAUUCGCAGUUUCUGUAAUAUGCAAAACCCAGAAACUCAAUUCUUCAAAUUGUUGGAUGUGCAACUCUCUUCUCACGAACCUAACCGUCAGAUUUUUAACUUCUUCAUUGAUGGAGCUGGACAUGCAAAGAAGCCUGAACUAGCCAGAGAAGUAUUUGAUAUUAUGCAGAGAAGUGGGAUUGAGCCUAAUCUGAGUUCUGACAUUCUUAUGUUGCAAAGUUAUAUAAAGAGUGAGAGAAUAUAUGAUGCUCUAAAUUUCUUUGAUGAUUUGCGUCACAGAAGAAAGGUUGGCAGAAAGCUUUACAACACCAUGGUUGGUGGUCUUUGUAAAGUCAACAGAGUGGAUCAUGCAUUGGAAUUUCUGAGGGAAAUGCGGAGCAAUGGAGUGGUUCCUAGCGUUGAAUGCUAUGAGGAGCUUAUAAAGCUGCUGUGCUCAAAUAAACAAUAUGAAAUGGCCGUAAAUGUUAUUAUUGACUUGGAGAAAGCUGGGCGCCAUGUUACGUCCUUCAUAGGUAACAUUCUUUUGUUGCAUUCCUUGGGAAGUGAAGAGCUUUAUGAUGCUUGGGUUCAAGUGAGUAAGAUGCAGAAUGAGAUUUCUCCCAAUAUUUAUGCCCUUGGCCAACUCAUUGGUCUGUUUUCUGGUCGGGUUCGACUGACCCAACAAAUUGACAACUUGGAAGAAGUAAUUGAGCAGUGCUUCCCACUUGACCUUUACACAUACAAUAUAUUGUUGAGGAGGCUAAGCAUGAGUAAGAUGGAUGAUGCUCUUGAGUUGUUUGAUAGGCUAUGUCAGAAAGGUUAUGCACCUAAUCGGUGGACGUAUGAUAUCCUAGUACAUGGCCUUUUGAAGCAUGGAAGGACAGAUGAGGCUCAAAGAUGGCUAGAUGAGAUGUUUAGGAAAGGGUUUGAUCUAAUUCAUGGUUCCAACCAAUUCCUGUAAUGGUAACAGAUAAAGCAUGUUAAAUCAUUCAAGAGUUCUACAAAAUUUUGCAAGGACAGAAAAAAAUAUGUAAUUUAGUAUUAUCGCUGUUCACAAUUGCAUGGAAUAAAAAUCAAAUUUGAUGUAGGAUAUUCAUAUUUUAGAGCAAUUAUAAGAUCAAUCAAAAAUAUAAGAGCUACUUAAAUUAUUUAUCAGUUAUUCUGGUAAUUUCUGCUCAUCCUGAGGUGCAGGAUUCUUGUUCUUAGCCUUACCAUAUCCGAGGAAGACAGAGCCCAAUGGGAUUUUAUUGAUGAAAAGAUUAGUCCUUUUUUGUCUGUAUGUACAUUGGUUUAGAUGUUAUAAUCAGUAGUUUCCAUAUGGUGGUUGUUAUAAUGAUUACUUCUUCUAUGUUCAUAUUCGUAACUACAGUGAAACAAUGUUGUUUCAUGUUGUUUUUAUUUUAUUUAUUUGUGUGCUUCUUUGUUCUUCUCUUUUGGGUGAACAAACUAUUUUUUCAAGUUGCAGUAGUUAUUUGUUUUCUAUUAGAACUGGUGUCAUAGAAGAUUAAGACUAUGGUCAAUUGCUCACUAGCUGAAAGCGUACUCUUCCAGUGAAAGUGCAUUCAGUAUCAAGAAUCCCAAGUGCCAUCAGAUUGAAUUACUCAUUUUUGUUAUUUGUAUCAUGUGACCAAUCAAAUGUUGUCAAAUUGGUAACAUGUUACAUUCUUGGUUUUUCAAGCUUUUAUGCCUGUACUGUCUGUUGCAGCCUGUCUGCUUCUAGGUCUAGCCCCAAAUAUGAAGAAUAUGACAAUAGUGCUUUUGGCAAUUUUACUGCAAUAUGUUUGUCAAAAUUCGAGCUGGAAGUGCUUGACAAUAUAUCGGCAGUGGCACUGCAUCAAGUUUGUUUCAAUUGCAAUGAUUAGAAUGUUGCACUCUUGAUUCCAGUUUCUGGUUUUGCCGACACACUGUUACACUCAUUGCUAUUUUUCGUAGUCCUGCAACACUUUUGGUAGUACAAAGAAUGCUUUGUGCUUAGCUGUAGCUCACACCAACUCAUGUUUUAGUCGGUUAUGUUGCUUUUAUAGAUCUUUCAAUUUUCACCAUUGGGCUUGGCUUGUUUGCUAGUUUAGUCUGAUGUCAUAUUUAAAUUCUUGUUUGGUCACGAUAUUUUUGUGCCUCUUAAUUGUCAUUCUCUUCGUGUUUACUAGUAUGCAUUAUUAUGCACUCUAGUUGAAUGUUGUAGCUACUAGCAUCCUCUUUUCUCCAUAUCUUGUUUCUGCACCUGCUGUGCUAGUUGAUGGUUUGUAUGCUGGAGGUAAUAUAACCAAAUGGAUGCCUUUUUAAGCCUUCGACAGAUGCUAAAUUUUGUAUUUUGAUGAUACAGACUUGACAUAUCAGAAAAUGUAACUGGAUGUUCUGAGAUGUUUUUCAUGUCCGGUUGUCAGGUAGGUUUUUUUAUUUAUGCGGAAGAACAAUGCUUCUACAUUCUUCUUACAAAGGAUUGGUGAACUAAACUGAAGGUUUAAAUUCACCCUUAAUUUCUUGUUUGAUUUGCCCUUAUUGAGAUUGAUAUGCAGGCUUCAGCUAGAGUUAAAGAAAUAUUUAUCUUUUUGAGGAAAGAAAUACUGCUACUUAAGGUGGUAAGUUUUGAUACUUGAUCUCCGUUUCUCCUCAAGUUUUAUGCCGCCUUCUGCUUUUUCCUCAUCUUCAUAUACUUGCCUAGUGGGUUUUCUUCUGAUAAAUGCAGAUUGGAAGGAACUGAUUCCCCACUCUCUCUACGGCAGCCGGUGCAUGUGUGCCCUGUCCAACAGCGCCUUCGUUGAUUUUGCCUUAUUUGAAAGAAGAGGUAGCAUGUAUUCCUCUAUCCGUAGAGUACACUGAAUGUACAGAAAUGGCUAUAAACAGUUGCUUUUUUUUUUUCUUUCUUUUUUUUUCUCUAAAAAUGAUGAUUUACCUAUGAUCACUGCCA